AAACUGGUUUCAUUCACAACGACACUCUGGAUUAUCACAGCUACUUUAGAGAAGCUCCCUCAUCGGGCUCCUCGGACCAGACGACACAGCAGGAAGGUUCUCAAACCUAACCGACGUUAACAAUGAAAAUGUCAGCGGCAGAGAUCUGCCAGGUUCUCAAGGAGGGAGAGCUGGAGAAGAGGAGCGACAACCUGCUCCAGUUCUGGAAGAGGAAGACGUGCGUCCUGACCACGGACAGCCUCAACAUUUACGCCGACACACAGAAGCGCUCCAAGGGCAAGGAGCUCAAGCUUCAGUCCAUCAAGAAAGUGGACUGCGUGGAGCGCACCGGCAAGUUCGUCUAUUUCACCAUCGUUACCACAGACAAUAAAGAGAUCGAUUUCCGGUGCCCCGGUGAGGAGAACUGCUGGAACGCGGUGAUCACCAUGGCCCUGAUCGAUUAUCAGAACAGAAAGGCCAUCCAGGACUUUAAAACGCGGCAGGACAACGAGAGCGCGUCGCCCGGGCAGCAGGAAAGACGCAUGGCGCGGGCGCCCUGAGCCGCCCCGAGGACUCCGACGGUUAACUACUCCUAAUAUGUGUCACAAUGGACCAUACUGAAAUAAUAAGCGGACCAAACGGAAGACGAGGUCAUCCGGUCCAGAGAUGAAGGCUUGUUCGGGACUGACAAGGAGAGAAGGAACAAGAAAACUGAUCCAAGCUGACAGACUUUCAGAAGCUCCACACUGGACUGAAACCCUGAACUGUCAGAACUGUUUCAUGUUUGCUCUCCAGAGGAGGAAUGACUCCUAAAAACCAUUACGUUAAUUUAUUUGUUUCCAGGAUAUUGUGUUACUGGCAAACAGCUCGUGUUGUUUAAAUUAUUUGCUAUUUCAACGUGUGUUAUGUGUGUAUUUAUUUGAAUAAAUAUCCAUGAGUUUUUGACAUAA